AGUCUGUUCUGUCUGUUAACGAGACGACAAAUAACAGGAAAAACUGUGAGAAGAAGGGAAGUGUAAGAAGAGGGGCAAGUGUUGAAGUGACGUGCUCUUUUUUGACAUAAUGAAAUAUGCCACCAAUAUUAGAAUAUACUUUACCCCACAGCCUGAAUAAAAACAACUAAAGAGAUUUAGAAUUCUCUUUCACUAACUUUUCUGUUCUUAUGGAAACAGUUGAGCAUCUUGUGUAAUCAAACCCUGCGCUCUGCGUAUUUUCCUUAAUUGGAUUACAAAUUAAGCAGAAUUUCAAGUUGGAGGGCCUGACCAACAGUUUCAUGGACAUGGAUCUUGGUUGGAGGUCACAAAAGCUGAAAUAUUCAAUAUUUUUGUCCAUUAUAUGCAUGUCUGUGCUAUGUGCAGGAAGAGAAUUGAGGACAAUGAGUCAUGAUCAUAGGCUUGAUCGUCAUGCUUACAAUCGAACGCUUGCCAAAAUACUUGUGGAAUAUGCUUCUGCGGUAUACAUGGAUGAUCUAAGUGCUCUUAUUUCUUGGACUUGUUCCAGAUGCAAUGGUUUGACAGAGGGUUUUGAGAUGAUUGAGCUUAUUGUUGAUGUGCGACAUUGCCUUCAGGCGUUCGUGGGUAUUGCAAAUGAUCUAAAUGCAAUUGUCAUUGCAUUUAGGGGUACCCAAGAAAACAGCUUACAGAAUUGGGUGGAGGAUUUAUUCUGUAAGAAGCUUGAUCUCAACUAUCCCGGUAUGCCUGGUGCAAUGGUGCAUUAUGGAUUUUACUCAGCUUAUCACAAUACAAGUAUGCGCCCACAAAUUGUAGAGGCAGUUCAGAUGGCACAGCAGAAGAGAGAUGGAUUGACAAUUAUGAUUACAGGGCAUUCAAUGGGUGGAGCAAUGGCUGCAUUCUGUGCCCUUGAUUUGACUGUACACUUUGGAAUAGUUGACAUUCAGGUUAUGACCUUUGGGCAACCUCGUAUUGGCAAUUCGGUUUUUGCAACUUAUUACAGCUCUUUGGUGCCAAAAACUAUACGGGUGACUCAUGAACAUGAUAUGGUUCCACAUUUACCCCCAUAUUACACAUAUUUUCCUCAGUGGACAUAUCAUCAUUUUCCACGAGAGGUGUGGCUCUACAGUAUUGGAUUCGGUAGCUUAGCAUAUGAAGCUGAAAAGAUUUGUGAUGCUUCUGGUGAAGAUCCAUCUUGUAGCAGAUCCGUAUCUGGGAACAGCAUCACAGAUCAUUUGGAGUACUAUGGUGUAAGCUUACAAGCAGAGUCAUGGGGAUCAUGUGGAAUUCCCUUGCGAGAGGCCCAAGCGAACAAGGUUGAUGACACGAUAGGUGAUAAGAUUAUUUCAUCAGUUGAGUCAAGGGUACUUGGUGUUUUGGCAGAAAAACAAUUUGAAAAUAGCCAGCACUCUACCCUAUAGUGUUGAAUAGAAUUCAAGAUUCUUUGUUCGUACAGGCUGUAAAUAUGAUAUUGUAUCAAUUAUUUGUUAAUAUUUUCUUGAUUAUAUCUGCUAUUCCACCUGAUACUUCCAAUGUCUUGGACAAAAUUUAUUGAGCCAAAGGUUCAAUUGAUGAUUAUUGAGCCCAUUCAUGUGUCAGUUGUAAUGGUUUUGGACUUGUGUAACGAUUUAAUUUACAGGGACAAGAAAUUUGCCUGCGUCGUCCUCAGAACUGAAGCAUAUUACUAGAUAUGAUUCAUUUCCCCCAAAAUAAGCUUACUGAAGUGGUUUACACGAGAUGUUUAUCACCUUUGGGACGUUGUGUUUUGAGUUAUAGUUUUUUGUGCACUCACAUGAGACAAGUCUGUGAUUGAUGAUUUCUUUUA